AUGUUUGCUGCCCGAAAAGUGUCUCGGAGUCAUCGGCGGAAGAGGUCUACAGAGGACGAGGUUGAUGUGGAGGAUUCUUCUACUGGGGAAAGCCUCUCCUUAGACGACCUCAAGGAAAUGCAGCGAGAGAGGUCCCGCACGAAAGGAGUUGCCGCGGAUCGUCACGCUGAGGCAGAAGUGGAAGAGGUAGAAUCGCAACCAGAAGAGAAGGAUGAGGAGGAAUGGGGACUAUUGAAACGAACAUUCCAGGACACUGGAGCAAGGCUUGGGACGGAGCAGGAGGUGGACAAGCAUAUGCAGCAGUGGGUGAACAAGAAGCUCGUUGCGAUGGGGCACCAUGUUGUGGUGGAGGGGGGAGACGGGGAGGCCAAGGGAGCCCAUGAGGAUAAUGCGGCUGGGCCGGUGUCGCGAGUGGCGAAGGUGUUUGGCACCAUACCCGAUAGGUUACAGCACGAAUCGACUACUGAAAAGCGGUUGAUGGAGGAAGCCGACUCGAACUGGUCUUUGGGGUUGGUGGAAGUGGAAACUGACCGUUUGGAGGAGCUGCGGGCCAUCGAGCGGGCAGAAGAUGCUAAGAUGCGUUUUCUUGAGGAAGCGUCAAGGAAGGGCGGUGCAGUGGGGGGACAGAGCGUUGGAGUACCUGCCAGAGGCAAGGACCGAGCGAAGGCAGCUGCUGAUGUUGCGAUGUCGGAAAUAAUAAAGCGACAGCGAACCCAGUGA